AGAAACGGGAAGAUGAUUUUAUCCGCUUGCGUCAAGGGACACUUAGUGUAGCGGAGUACGAGACCCAGUUCACAAAGCUCUCCCGUUUUGCCCCGGAGUUAGUGUUAACGGAGCAAAAACGAAUCCGCCGCUUCGUUCAAGGUUUAAAUGUGGAGAUCCAGGAGGCACUUGCAGCUGCUCAGUUGGACACGUUUGGCCAGACACUAGAAAAAGCACAGCGGAUUGAGACAGCUAGGGGACAGGUAAAAUCCUUUCAUGAGAGGAAACGAAGACAACCCGAUUCGAGCCAUUUGGUGACUGGACAGAGCUCGCAAAGUGAGUCACCUUCUAAGAAAAGUCAAGGAACAGAUGGUCUUCGACCCGCAGGAACCCUAAAUCAGGGUAAAUUUGGAAGAGGAGGACGAGUAGGGCAAGAGCCCCAGAGGAGUGCCCAGCGUGGAGGGCCAAGUGCGGGCAUUAAGCCAAUCUGUGGUUUCUGUGGGGCCAAUCACACUGACGAAAACUGUUGGAAGAACAGUUCGAUCCGAAGAUGCUAUAAGUGUGGUAGUGCAGAACAUCUGAUCGCCCAGUGCCCUAAGUUACAAAAGGAGAAACCUAAGCCACCGACUGAAGGGACUACAGCUAAGCCGUCAAAUGCAGAGGAAAAUCGACCCAAAGGGCCAGCUAGAGUCUAUGCAAUGGGUCAACCUGAAGUGACUAAUCCUUCGGCGGGUUUCGAAGGUACGCUUGGACCAAAGAAUUAA